AUGAGUACUCCUGACUCUCCGUCCCCACAGUCGGCCGCCCAGUUAAGUAGUAUAGUGCCUUCUGUAGCCCUCUUUAGUCCUCCCUCUCCACACUCCCCUUCUUCGCUCUCUUCCUCCACAUCUUCCUCGUCCUCGUCUAGUUCUUCCUCCUUGUCUUGUGCCACUUUCUCGUCCGACGCGACCGUCAGUUUCCGCGGUUGGCCUAGUCCCCACCGGAAGGUUCGGUGUCUGCGGUCCUCCCCCCAUUGUUCCUCGUCCGCCUCUUCCACGUCCACUCACCGGGCGCCUGUGACACGCCGUCGCAGUCGAGUGACAUCAGUAAUCCCAGCACCCCCGGAAAACAGUCCAACAACAGCAAAUCCCGAUAGUCAAUCCACCUACUCUGUGUGUCUUGACAUCGGACGUGAUGACGGCGGCAGUGACCUUUCCAACGAUGCCGUCGCUUGGUCCUCUCGUCACCAACCGAGACCUUCUGCUUCCAGACCCACCAGCCUCUUCCACCUAAUCGUCUCGCCAGAUGCGGAGACUAGUCAGGGCAUCGUAACUGUGAUGUCUAGGGAGCGUGCCCCGCGAAGAUGCCGCCUCUCACUCACCGCAGGGCGAAAUCAGCCCCAACUGCCAGUGGCUGCAUCAACAGACGAUGAACACUCUCACCCUAACCGAGACUACGAUGACAGCGGCAAUCGGAGUCCGCCCACUUGCUGUACCUGUCAGCGCAACCCACGCACGUCACCACGAGCCGACUCAUAUGCGUCUGCCUCUGCGCCUCUUGAUCUCUCCACGCCACGUUCCGCGAGCGCUCUUACGUUUGCUGGUACCAGCCGCGGCAAUCCCGGUUCUUCCGAAAUUAUCCCUAUAGACUUAGAACGUGAUAGGUCGCCUCUUUCAAGCAGGCGCGGGAGCAAACAACAACCCUUUCCCGUCGCAUGUUCCACCGUGGAAGACUGCGUUAUUUGCCUCAGCCAGCAGGUGAAUCGCUCCAUCCUCCUGCCCUGCAUGCAUACGUAUUGCUUUCAAUGCAUAACCACCUGGGUGCAGGUGAACCCCAUCUGCCCUCUCUGUAAAGGUGUGGCGGAACGCAUCCUCCACUCAAUAGCCUCGGACUCUCAGUAUGACGAGGUCUUCGUGUCUGCGCUACGUUCCCAACAGGACCUCUUGAGAGAUCACCACCGGCUGAAUGCACGCCUUCACCGCUUCAUGAAUACAGUCAGCCCGUCGUCCAUGCGCAUUGGCCGGGAACCUGGUGCCUGGUCUCGUAUGCUCUUUACACGAGCUCUGGAGUCAGAGGAGGCACCUGCAGUAACGAUGGAAAGCCCUUCGUGAGUCUCCUUUGCUACUGUCAGCCACCCUUUACGAGAUGCUAAGUAGGCGUAGUCGUGAAGUGUUAACUAUCAGCCCGUAAACGGUAAAAGGCAGUGGUACUGGAGUCGAAAAGUGACGACUCAUCACAGAAGGCUUAAACUACACCAAUUAUAACUUAAUGUCAAGUAUGAAUUGGGACGUAGAAGGGGAGGGCCCAGAAUAUUGCGCUUACCCUGGUUCUCCGGACCCCCUACCUUUUGGCUAUAAAUCGCUUCAGGUUCGCUCCCUUACCGUAGAUAAUGGCCAUUUUACAUCUGCCUGUGCGCUUCUUUCUGCUUUCCAUCCUGCAGUCCAUCCAAGCUUAAACGAUGAGGCCAGUGGAAAUGUGGGAUGCCCCGUCAGGCUCUUAGUAUCCGACUCCGAACGGCUUCUGUCCGCCUCUACUCAAAAGAACAAAGAAUGUCUAAUUCUUACCCACGCUAUCGUCCCAUCAGUUCCAUCUUUAUUGCUCGAUUCGGGUUAAUCGAAUUUGAAAUGAUAAGUGCAAAUUAAGCACCCUUGUUCUCCGGACAAGGACAGUAAAUAUUAAUCACAUGGCCGUACGAAUACGCCCACUGAUAGACCUCUCAGUUUGAGGCUUACAGUUGCUGACCAGAUUCCCUUUAUAUCCGGAUCCUACGUUUCCAAUAGUGUGCGGUUUUAUUAAAAUUAGGUUGCAACGCGUGCACUUAGAAAGCAAUGUUCUUUGAAGUUGCGGUCCUGUUUCGGCGUUUGUCACAGACUCAGGUUAAACGUCGAGGGGUCAGUCAGUAACAAUGCCCACGCAGACCUUGGUCUGAGCAGAUCAUGACACAAACCCUUUAUUGAACGAACCGGUUCAGCUGGCGUCUCCUAUUGGUUGCGGAUCCUAAUCGUGAUUGGUUAUGUGAACAGAUGUUUUUGCGCAUGAAUCAGAGACUAGGUCAGACGUGCCGCACGCAUGUUUGCCAAUCCCCCUUAAGGAAGUAGACCAGAAGUCCUUCCCUUAUUGUGACAUUUCUUGGCGAAGUCAACCUUGCCGACCCCACCGAUAUUGUUCAUAGGCUGUUUUUGAAGUCUCGCUGCAGAACCAAGCCUACAUUCCUCGCGGGCUUGGAACUAGAGCCGCUAUUUCUUGUUUGGCCUCCAUUUUCGUAAAAUUUGUCUAAAUUGCACAUCAGUUGACCUAUUUUACUCGCCACAUACUAUUUUCUAUCGUUGGUUGUUUGAACUACAUUUAUAAGGUCAUACGUACACUACGCUGGCGCCGCUUCGAAGGUACGGUGGAUGUGGUAACUCAUAAAAUGUUAAUCAAAAUCCUGAAAUGCGUUUUCGAAUCGAAAGGAUUACCUAAGUGGGGUUUUAAUGCCAAUCCCCAUGCAGUACAACCACCAAUAUAUUUCGGUUACUCGGGGAUGCUGGCCUUUGAACGAACUUCCUUCCGGCGGCCUGCAAAAACUAUACCCUGUAAAAAGUGACUGCUUAAUUUUUCUAAUUAAUUUUCAAUACCCUUAUCAUUUCUAAUAUAUGUCAUAGAAAACAUACAUGAAAUAGUCGUUCUUUGCCUCAUUUAGCUGAGAGUUACGUCUUUUUCAAAUUUUGUACUUGAAGGAAUGGUAUAAUUCGGUCUUAACAAGUUUACAAUUAUGGGGUUUUUCAAGUCCGUGUUUCUAAGUUUCCUAAUGUUGCUUGUAAAGUUUACGAUACGUCUCAAAUCUACUGUUAAAUUGUAUGAGCCCUACAUGCUUUCCUCUUAAUAACUUGUAGAAGUAUACGAUUUUUCGUACACAGUAAAUAUACAACCUGUAGUUUGGAAACCCUGAAUGUAAGUGUAACGGCAAUCUUCCAAGCUACGGCUUUUAACGCACCUUGAUAGACACAAGGGCGUUAGAUUAUUCAUCGUGAGGAAUUGUGCGCUGAGAGUCGACCUCACUCACUCUACUCUAUCGUGCACCCAUCGGCUGUCCGAGCUGGUUGGGAAAGAUAGCUGAUAGCCGGGGCACGCGCAAAGAAGGUCAUUAGAUAUGUCAGUCGCUGCGCCCAUUCCCCGCAUUCCUAAUCUCAGCAUCAAUUGGGUGACCGGCUCGGACAGUGGCUGGGGCCUGAGAGUGCCAGUAGAGAAUUAGUUCGGCGUUUCAGCGCAUUUUCCUCACUAUAGACAAUCUGAAGUACUUGAAGCUAUCACGGUGCGCUAAACGCGUGGCAGUCCAGUGUGUGUUUGUGUGAAGUGGUCGACUGGUGGACUGAAUCAGACUGCAAGGCCUCCUUAAUGUGGCUUUUAUGGCACUCCCUCUCCGUCUGAUCCGAGCCGCGCGUGCCAGCACGCCUAUGGACGGUUCCGGCCGCGCCAGCCAUCUGCAUCCUCUUCCAUUUUCGGUCUUCUUGACUCUGCCUUGAUACCGGGUUCAGGUGGGGGAAGAGAGAGUGCGGUAGGUGCUGCGCAAUCCUACUAUCACUAUAAAAGAAGUUACACGGAAGUCGCACUGCCUGCUUUCGCCCUGCUGUUGAGCACACGGUGGGCACCGGUAGUCAUGACGGUCGAACUAUCCUGUGUGUGUGUUUUGGGCUACUGCUGCUGCCGGUCCCAGUGUGUGCGCGUGUUGGCGCUGAUGCUGGCGGGUAUAUGUGAGAGAGCGCACGCGCACGCACGCAUGGGAAUCUGAUUAGCAGAUGCAGGCGAAGGCAUGCCAUUUUCUGUGUAUCAAGAGAUCCUUUCCCCGUGAUAUCACUGUGUGCUUUCUCGCGUAGAUGAAAUUUGUCGAUUUUUUUGGCGUCCUCAGAAUGUCAGUGAAUACUCCUUUCAUUGUUCUAAAUCGAUUGCUCAAAAUGACAGGUUGUGUUUUUUGUGUGUUUACAAAAUCUUUCCAGAUAAGACCGUUCUUGGAAACUUACGUAGGUGGUAUGCUUUCAGACGUUCUUUUUAUGCAUAUGGCAGUUUGGGUCAUACUUGUAGACUUACUCAAACACGAAACCUUAUGGUCGGAUAAAAUGGAGUUUCACAAUAGAGGUCUACGAUGGAUGUGCUCCUGACCAGUUAAAAAAUCUCUACUGAGUUAUGUCUUGAAAAAGUACCUGAUUUGGUUAUUUCACUAGUGAAUGUCCAUGUCCAUCGUUUCCAAAGCACAGUAGGGAAAAAAUUGGGAUCAUUUUUCACCCGUGCGUUCUUCUCACAGAUAGUGAUAACUCAUCUACCGCAAACGACAUAAACUUUUCUUUUUGUUAGAACCAUCUUCGUUACAUCUGCAUAUUUAUAGGCUUAGAUCUGCGGUUAUAGUUGCACUUCAGGGUGGCCAUAUAAAUACUAAGAUAUUAGAAGCUUUAUUUUCCCCCAAUUAGUGUGAACUGGGCAAACGUGGCGAAACAUGCAGAAUAUAAUGACGUAGUAAAAUUCAGGGUUUAAUAAGAAGCCGACUUUGGGCGAUCAAACGGACCCAACCUGUUUAAAAACCACCCGGAAAAGACUGCACAUGCACUUUUUGACUUUUGUUCCAAUUCAGAUAAAACAAAACUUCCUUCAAUAGAAUCAUCUGUCUGUUCCCCAGAUAUUAUCGAUGAUGGGAUUCGCCCCGUGAGGGGCACUUACUUUGGAAACGAGUAUCGGCAGAAAUUUGUCGAUAAAUAUCGCCAUCCUGCAUGAGAAAAUCCAACCGAAAUGACCGAACCAAAAAGUUCAUGAGCGUGCACUUCGCUUUUUUCAAGUGAGAUAAUGUGUCAGACGUGAUCAAAUGACGGCUCCGGUGAACAACUGAAUCUGCAUACGCCGCCUAUAACUUGUCGAUAAGCACCACAGCGGCUAUUCCAUCUAGACUAACUACAGAUAUCCUGUCUAUGUACGUCCCUUUAGAUCGUAUCUCCGAGUCUACACAUAAUUGCCGGUGCGGACUCUGGGCGCGUGCAGAGGCAGUUGGCGAUUCGAUCAGUUGUACAUCUACUGGAAUAGUUGUUGAGGACGAAAAAUAAGGUACCCAUGAGUUCGAUUACGAAGGGCCUGGUGUACACUGAUUAUGUAGUGGGUCCACAUGGUACGUUUAAGGUCCUACUUCUGGCGAUUAUCGGGCCUCACACGCCAUUUAGAGACAGUAUGGGGGAGGGGGACCAGGGCUGUGAGCAGGUGGAUCACGUGAUUCGCCGCGCACUGCCGGGGCAUGGGUCGUUUCAUGCUGUGCUGCUGAUAUCAUGUUUGACGGGGUUACGCUGUAACCCAUGCCCGCUCAUCUAUACCAAUCCCCUCUUCCACACACUAUGUCCACCCACAUGUUUGAUUACCUUUCAUGUGCCUAUCCGGUUUGAUCGUCUUAAGACGUUUUCUUACUGAGCCUUUUAAUUUUAUAACUAUGAAGUGACCGUGAGUAGUUGAAAUUUAUGAAACGAAACUUGAUUACGUCAUUAAAUUCUGUGUUUUGCCAUAGUUACGUUAUUCAGAUUAAAAUACUUCUUGAACUGUGUCUGUUCCGUUUCUAAAUUGCACAUCACUAACAGAAACUUUUCGCGGUUUCUUAUGGAAUAUUUGUAUAUACCUUAGAAUCACGCGUAUGUUAAAACGAAAAGUUGCCCGUACUUUAGCACACGAAUCCACGCAAAUUUACAAACAGGAAUAUUAGAAGGCGGCAUUGUAUCGGUAGAACUUUCUCGUUUAGCCCUGCGCCCCCCGCUAGACAAAGGCGCAGAUGUAGUCUGGUACAGUUUCGAACAUAGGAAAUCGCCUAAAUAAAAGGUAGCGUUGAUUUCCGCCGAAAUUGUAUCCUUGUUGGUUAGUAAAAUAACCUAGAAAUAUAUUCCGCAAGAAAAGGAGACUUUUCCUUGCGCUUUGAUUUAAUUCUAAAGUACACGUCUGAGGUGCCUAUUACUGAUCAUCGGAAUUCUGGUCAACGAACUGCAGGCUCUACAUCACCUACGGUAACUUACAACCAUGGUAAAAAGUCAAAAAUACACAUGAGAAGUGUCCAUAGAAGAGUAAAAGGGAAGGACGACCCUUUGCCAGAAAAUCAAUCAUUUAAAGGUAGCCUAGAUCAAGGUGUUGCCAAGACGCUAAUGUCUUUGAAAGUCACGUCCGGUGACGUUUUGAGCUGACUUAUUUGUUAAGGUUUCUGACUCUCCCCCUUGCAUUUCUUGCACCUGUUAUUUGUCCAUUUGCAGUUGCUCGUUGCUUUGUUUAUUUUAUCACCUCUUUAGUGUUCUUAAUGGACGCUUAUUGAGGUCGUCCACAGGAAUGUAACAUCACCACGACAGUCCUAGACUUUUGACAAUAUACUUUUCCAUAUUGACCCAACUGUGAAAAACUCGGUGCCUCGGUGGGAUUCGAACCCACACAGUAAGGGGUAGGCUUUAGUACAGCCAACUCUCUAACCACUUGAGCUACGAGGCCCCGCCGGACGACGCGAGUUUAUUGAAGCAGUGUUUUCCCGGGAUAAAUUUGAACAAGGCGAAGGCGACAAAGCAUGCAGAAUUUAAUUUACUAAAUGCUCCCCGCACGUUGCACUCCAAAUCACGCCGCACAAGUUCUCUCAUACUUGGAUGACUUCUCUCCCCCUCCCCCCUCACCAUAUGCACCCGCAUACUAGACCCAUGUUUCAGGUUACCUAUCACGUUUUAGCUCUCUAGGUCGAUCGUUGAUUGAACAAUUUUGCCUUGUCAUAUAACUAUGCAAUGACCGUAUGCAGCUGAAUGAGAGGUCUCGAAAUUUAUGACGCAAGUUUAAUCACAUUUGGGUCAAAUUACCCGCUCAACCUACUGCAACGUCUAGAACCCACCAAUUCUAAUACAGUAAGUUGAUUGUCCAAGCAGGAUUUCCCAAGUAAUUCACCUAGAAUCCACCAGAUGACUACCAGGCUCACGUAAAUCAUAGAUGUUUUGACAGAUUUUGAAUAAUUCGUUUUUACCUAACUGUGAAAAACUCGGCGCCUCGGUGGGAUUCGAACCAACGCACCCACUCCCAAAAUAUCUAUGAAUGCACUUCUUCUCUGUUUUACUCUUCGUUCAUUCCCGGAAGUACCAAGCACAGAGCAUGGUGAUAUACAGUUUUCUCACCAAUUAUGUCUAUUUCAAGAACCCUGCCUGUCGACUGCUUUCAAUAUUGUUGUAUGUUCUAUGUACAUUUUAUCCUCCUCGCCGAAUAGACUGACUUCCAUUGUCGAUCAGCACCAACUGAUGAUCGCAUCGCUCGUUGCUCACGCCCUGCCCGAAGGCGCCCCUGCCUAUCUGGAGCCGGACCUCGUACGCCAGCUAAUCUACCUGCAAAAUCUCUACUCUGUUGUACUUAGCGCCGACAUAAUGCCGUGAGUGUCGCCAAACUCUUCAACCCCUAUCAAUAUUCCUUAUAUUGAGUGAAUGUGCAAAGGCGGUGUUUUUAAAGUCUGUUAUCUGUGUUCUAGGCGUCGUCAGACAUCUAUUAACAAACUAGUGCCUUAAUCGUACACCAGUACAGUUAUUCGCCAUUCCUCCUCCUUGCUUCUACUCCUACCACUUUCCCUCGUCCACCCUCACUCCGUACUAGUCGUAAUCAUCACCCACGACGGCAAUAUCUUCAGCUAUAGGCCCGGCGUAAGUCACGCUGGAUUUAAUUGCUGCUUACUGCAAUGUGGGAUGUGAAAGUAGAGUGUCGAACGAGAUUGCUAAGGGCAAAAAGUUCAUACGAGUGCUAGCAGCCACCGUUAUCCACCGUCCUCUGUUUCCCGUCAGGAAAUCAUUCUAUCCAGCCUCGCUUAGGUCGUUUAUCCGUGCUACUUGCUUUACUGUUUGCCUACGGUGUCUUCACCAGCCGAAAUCUGUCAUGCAGGUGCUUAUCAAGUUGGUUUCUACCUGAAAUUCGUAGCCCAGCGGACGAAGAAUGGACUUUAGAUGUUGGCUCCUAAACUGUCUAUUAGUCCGUCUUUCAGGAAGCGGGCCGCGCUGCAUGAUGACAUCUAACUGAAAGUACUCCUUUCGAUUCGAGCCUUCUAUCACGGAACAAGGACCGAAGUUCGUGCGACCCUCGUCGUUCGUUGGGCUGCGUCUCCUCCGAAUCUAUCCGACUGGGUGACGGGCGUGCACUUGCGGACCACCCCUGUAUUACAGUAGGCCAUGGUCGUGUAUAACAGGUCUUGAAUGCGCUGGUAACGUUAGGAGAUCGUUUGCAGAAACGUAAUGUACUGAGUUAUAGAUAGGUGCGAGCGCAGCAGAAAUAGGCUUGAAAGUGGAUAACCUUCAAAUAAAGACAAUCGUAUGCGAUUUUGCGCUCACGACUCUUGCCUGGUUAUGGUAGACAGUGAGGCUUCUAUGCCAAUGGAUAUCCUCUAUCUCUAGUCCACCUUUCUGCCAAUCGAUGGGAGGGAACAAUGAAGUCCGUCACUGAUUAAAUCAGGCACGCGCGGUCCUCUUCCGACAUCGAUGUGAGUAACCAGACCGAGUCUGCGGGGGCCUCUCGAAGACAACUUUAUAAAUGUGAGACAUGGUCUGUACCCUCCGAGGGUUUACAUCGCCCUAAGUAUUCCGUCAGCGGUGCUUUUGGCUUGCUUGUCCGAAUUUGCUUUCAUUGGGUAGUUGGCCAGAAGCAGAACGGGUCAAUCGCAGCCUCCUUACUCGCGGACUGCGAUGCUUCGGCAUUUUAACUGAUGAUGUCAGUAAGGUCAUCUCCAAAUGACAUCGAGGUUUCCAACUGAGGACAUUUAUGGGCAUAGAAUGAGCUGACUUCUCUUGCACCUCUGCAGUCUUCGGUCAGUGGGACUACGUACCGACAGGCUCAACUUCGCUCGGGGGUAUGACGCAGAUCGACUGUGGUGCAGGGUGAUAAUUCGAAUUUUUAUUGAGUCAGCCACAAUACAACAGUUCGAGUGUACGACAACGUCCACUAUUUGUCCUCCCUCCCCCCCCCCCCCACGGAAUAGGCGCGUGACGAUGACUUGUGCAUGAAUUAGGUUAUAUUAAAGCAGACUUUCUCAAAAUCUAUCGCACUCUCUCCUCCAAUCACCUGGCUCCGCCGGCAAGACACUGUCAUGACAACCGGAUGUGGACCCGGACGCAGUGACUGCCAAAGCCAAACUGAUCAUCUGGGCAUGCCAUACGCGACCUGAUUGCCACAGCAUGUAUCAGACGUUCACGAGGGUCACUCGGUUCUCGCAUUAGUGAGACCGCUAUUAUGAUGGUCAGUUACGGCCAAUACUAUCACAAGUAAAAGUAGGCAAGAUAUGCGCACUCGCGAAAUUCCUCAUUAUCGUCCAGCCCAAGACGACGUCGUGCUCUCAACGCUUUCUAGGAUCGUUUUUCGUCGUCCAUAUACAACGCAUAGUCCUCUGACCCUUAUGCCAUGGUAAUCAGACGUGGGUGUGGUAGGUUCCACUUUCCUAUUUUAGCCGACCAUUCUGUUAAAUUGGCCCACCGCAAGCAAUAAGGAUCGUCAAUGUUACGGAGAGGAUAUACCCACGACUAACACUUGAUUUUUUGUCGCAAAGAACAAUUGUUCUGCGUCUACGAGUGGAGUUGAGCCUGAGCGCAGUGGCUGUCAAAAGUAAACGGCACGAGAACAAGUACCACAAACGACAAGCUCAAACCAGGUGUCAUUCAUGGAGCAGUUCAUGUAAGCCGUGCUCAGAAGGAACCAUGUCAGCCUGACGCUCAGUCCCGCGUAGGGCUGUGUUAUCCUGUCAGCCGGAAAACUUCAAAACCGCGGCCUUUCAUGUGCCCUAAUAGCAUCAGGUGCGUUAUUAUGUACUAUAGCGAGGGACAUAAUCACUUACUUUCCCUGAUGGCUACUUAGCAGUCGAUUCCCCCUUCAUUCAUUCACGCACCUACAGCCUGUCCCAGUCUCGCUGGCGACUGCAGACAAGAUUAGGUGCGCUGACUGACGUGAUGCAAGUUUUCGCAGCACUCAUUGAGGACACUCGUAUACUCGGCGCAGUUCCCGUAAUACAUGUCACUAUUCGGCGUGGUUCCGUUUUUAUAUAUGGCAAUAAUGGGGCAGUUUAUUCUGUCGAGUGGAAGAGAAUAUGCGCAUCCCAGGUUCUUGUUUAAAAGAAGACGAAGGCACGAUCACUGGGACAGUAGAUUUAUUUGCCUGAGCUUUCGAACUCGAACUGGAGGUCAUCAUCAGAGAUUGCUUGAGUGCAGACAGGACGACGUCUCAGCUCACGAAUACUUGAGCACAGACGGGCCGUUUGAAGAGGCGACCCAUUAUCUCAAGUUGCCACUCAUACGCUGGAGGAAGGCCGUGAGUUCGACUUCGCCAACACGCGGAUAUUGGCGCGAGCCGGCAACAAGACGGGACGAAAACUGUUGGAGGCGUGGGUGUCGGACACCAACUCUAUCAACACGCCGAGGGACCAUCGUGGACCAGGCGGCACAAACCUUACCCAGCCACGGACGUACUCCCCCCGCAGGGAACAGCGAUAUAAAUUUUCACAAGUUGCUGCACUCAAGCAGUCUCUGAUGAUGAACUCCAGUUCGAGUUCGAAAGCUCAGGCAAAUGAAUCUUCUGUCCCAGUUUAUUCUGUGUACGAAGUGGUGAGGUUAUUCCGUUUUUGGGACCAAUUCAAGCAAUUUUCCAUUUCGUCUUCCUCCACAGACUUUACUCUUCGUGUAUCCACUUUGCAAGCAAACCUGAUCAUUAUAUUCGCAUUCUUUUCGUCCGCACGGAUGUUGGAUCCGGUCCUGAGAGCCACACGUUAGUGUAACUUCGAUUUAGUUGGCUAGACUGAUUGUAUAGACUGUUUAUGUUAGUGCGCAUGGCCGUCAGUUCUUGUUGUUUUAUUGUAGCCUGACUCGGUAGGCGUGACACUCGGUAAUCGGAGGCUUUAGGCCGCGAUAUCUAUUGUCUUCUCUCGUCUCCAGUCGACUUGACUUGCCAUUUUACUGGAGUGGAGAGAGUGACUCCCAACCGUUGUCUUAAUGGUAAUUCUCCUUAGUGGGGGUUAGAUCGCGUGUGUCACGCACGGUGACUUAGGUUCAACCACCGGUCCCCAACACCCCUGUUAGUCAUUACUUUGUUUUGCCAUUGAAACAUGGUUUAUAUGAGAUGGAAAAAUAAUGCAGAUUCAGCACAAGACUGUCUUGGUGUAAAUCACGUCCUUAUAUAACGAAGUACCUUCCACCCUGCCUUAUGUUGCAGUGCAUUCCGGUGUUCACCAUUUUCAUCCUCUCUUUUUUUCAAAUAGAUCCGACUUCAGAGCUUGUAUACGGCCUAGUUUUUUGGCCGAGAACGAAGCACUCACGCACCGUCUGGUCGCCUUUGUUCGUCGUGAGCUGCAAGCCAUGGCGCCUUGGCUCGCUUACAUGCCUGAUCCCAGUCACGUACCUGACACAAGUCGCAACUCCCCCUUACCCUCUGUAUGUUUGGCCCCCCUCCGGUACGGACCCCUCUCACCCGACUCGGAGACGACUUACUUGGAUGAUCUCGCUCUGCGCGUAGUUCGUCACAUCUGUAACGUCUCCCUCCUCAACUCAGCCGCUUUUCUGGCCUUUUUGCGCCAAGAACCGGCCCUCUCAGCGCAAAGUCUCGUCUCCGACGCCACGUUGGAGCACUUUCGUUGGGAGUUAGAACAUUUCGCCCGCUUCGGCAGCAGCGUCGAUCGCUAUGACAGCCUAGUCUGUCUCUUUCGACACUCGCUACUACAGCCCGGCGGCAGCGACAACCAACUGCAGACUCUGCCUCGGCAGUUGGCUGUUCAUGUGGGUCCGGGUGUGAGGAGGUCCAGCGGAUCUGAAUGGCAAGGUGGCGGUGUGGGCCAACCGGUGGGCCUUUUCAAGAGUUUCCUCGUCUCCUGGCUUUUCUUUCGUCUCUUCCCGCACUACGCUCUAUCUUCGCCUGAUCAUCCUUCCGACCUCGUGGGUCGAGCGCCUUCCACCUCUGAUCACGCCCGUAACACUCGUUGCUUACGCGGUGUGCUCAGUCGGCGUACUGUGGACACCGCCAUCUCGACCCUUCGACAUCAUGUGCACUCCCAUACCUCCCCGGACGGGGAGGAGGGCAGCCAGACCCGAACCUGCCAUCAUAGGGCCUGCGAACAGCCCGCAGUCACUGCCUGCUCUCUCGUCGCGCACGUGGCCUGGUUUUCAAUAGAGUCCUUUGCCUGGCGUCGCGUUACUCAGCGCCGAUCCGCUUCGCAGAUCAUCAGUCAGUGCGUGAUCCGGGAGCUUGUGGAACAUGCUCGCUUCGCCGAGGCCCUGGCGCCUUACGUUCAUGACAGAGGUGCCAGCCAGUCUGACCCGACGUUCCAGCUGCUUUUGAGAGCACACACUACAGCGCUUACCCGUCUUCGUGGCCUCGUUCUCCUGUUCUCUUCCAAUUCUCCUACCAACAGUCGCUCUGAAGCUAGUUUGGGGCGCCUUUUAUCGGCACGACUGCUGCAUGCAUCAUCACUACCUGAUACUAUGAGUGAGACGUCGACAGCCACGACAUCUUCCUCCCUCUCCGAUGCUUUGUAUGUUUUUGAUAGGGUCUAUGGUAGACAAUUGGAGCUGCAGCCUCUGGUGAACUUGACCGGGACGGAGUUAGCUGCAGACAGCGAUUUCAUUCAGACAGUAGGCACUGGUAAUAGAAGGACUUUCAAUAUUGCUCCGACUGUCCCAAAUCUCCCAGCGUCUGUCAUUUUGCCAAAUGCCGAUCCGACAUCAUGGUCCAUGGAGGUGACACCAGCAAAUGAUCGCCGAUUCCAGGAAGAGAACUCCGUAGAAUUGAUACAACUUGAGGACGAAGAGUCUACGGAAGUGGAAGUUCUUGUCGAGAAUGUGGAGUGUGAGAGGGUUCUGCAACCGGGCGAUCCUAUUAUCGACCAGUCCAAUGUAUUUCCAUCUCAGGCAACCGGAUCUGUGGAACAACUUGAGGGAGAAUGCCGCCAGAGUCCAGAUGCACGUUCUGAAGGCCGCGUUCGACAAGAAAUGACUGGGCUGACUAGUGCACAGCCGAUCGUACUCUCUGACUCGGAAAGCGAUUUAUCUUUCAGCUCUUCAAUCGCCUCUCCUCCCACGCAUGUGAGACCUUCAGAUCACCUUGCAACUGCAGCCUCGGCCGCAACCGCCCCAUGCUGUGCCGAUCAUCAGACGCAUUGUUGUUGUUGUAUUAAGCACCUAGACCCAGCCCUGCCCUCACCUGACCAGUGGCCUCCCGCCCUCAGGGCUUGUUUCAAGCGGCUGAUCGAGUCAACAGCGGUUAAGUCCAACCUACCAUCUGGCUCUAAAAGACGUGUUGCGGCCUCUUCCGGAUUUGAUCACCUCCUAAAGACCAACAGAUACAACAACUCACCCAUCCUCAUCUCUGAUAGCAGCGACAUAGAGGAGGUGGAUGUAGAGCCGCGAAAACGUCGGAAAUCUGUAGUCCUUCUUGAGACCGAAGACCAGCCGGAAAACGUAAAACCCCGUGAAUUCGCCGAAGGAACUCUAGACAAAACACUAGCCUCCACUUCCAUGCAUAGGUUACGAGAGCCCACUCCUUUGCUCACCGCGGAUUCAAAAUACCCAGAUCCCAUCGCGCGCCCCACGACGGCGGCUGAAUUCUACGCGAUUCUCAACCAAAUUGGCUCCAGUGCUGUCAGCAGCGUUCACGAUGAUGCCAAUGCUUAUCAUGAGGACGAAGAUGAUGUUGCUUCUGUAGCGUUUCCCUCAACUACUACGGCAUUAUCAGAGCCUACUACGAUGAGCAGCGUAGCCACGACGGGAGGUAGUGUGCAUCCACCUCUGCCGGUGCCGGUUAAGUCCCUUCGACAGGCAGCGGAAGUCAGUCAGGCCAAUCGCGUCGAAAGUGCUCGGCGUUGCCGAUCAGUCCCAGUUUCACCACAGCCGCCUUUUAUUUCACACUCCUCGCAUUCAUUCUCGUCUUCAUGA